AUGCCCCUGUCUCAGAGCAGGGCUGGGCAGAUGCCAUGCAGCAGCAAGGUGUGCAGGAACCUCUUUGGCCCUGUGGACCACCACCAGCUCCAGAAUGACUUUGAGGACCUGCUGAGGCAACAGCUGGAAGAAGCUCAGCAGCGCUGGAACUUCAACUUUGAGACAGAGACUCCCUUGGAAGGACACUUCAAGUGGGAGAGGGUCUUCCUCACUGAGCAGCCACCCCAGGAGGUCCACAGCCUGGUCAAGGUCACUGGCAGUGAGAGCUCCUUGGUCCACAAGGACCCCUCCAAGGACCAUCUUGGCAGGAUUUGCCCUGCGGGGUCUCAGCAGAGCUCAGAGGUUUACAGGGCUGGUUCCCCACAGAGCUUGAAACGUGGGCAGACCACCAUCAAAGACUUCUACAGCUCCAAGCGGAGGACCGUCCCUGGCAAGCCCAAGCCAUGA